UGUCACGUGAUUUACCCGGAAGUGUCACGUCUUGAACUUUGGACGCGUGUUGACUCGGAGAAGGGUUUGGACAUGGACGAAGACAUGUCCCAGGAGGUGGACACCUUCAUAGCGAGCCUGAAGCUGCUCGUCAACCUGGGCAAAGUUCUGUUGGAGCAAGCUAAGAAGGAUUCCGAAGCCUCCCUGGAGAACUUUGUCCCUCACAAAAUUGCCACUUUAUACGGCCUGAUCGUAGCUGGAGCAGACUUCUACAAGAGCAUCGGAGUGAAGAAGAAGACAGAAGCCGAGGCCCUGUGGAAGAAGUGGUACGGGCAUGCCGCAGUGCGAGCGCAAGUGGACGAGAUGCUGCAGCUCCAGAGAGACUGGGACUCCUUCCUGCAGUUUGUGGACGAAGGUCUUCCUCCGUCAAGUGGUCAGACUCCUGCAACAGAUAUCUUUAGCCCUGAAACGUUGUUUAUUGACGGCCGCAGUGGAGCGAGUGUAACACUGGACCAGUACCGCCCUCAGGAUCAGAAGCUUCUGCUGGUCCUCAUCAGACACUUUGGAUGACUGCCGUGACGCGACCACGUGGCCGAGCUGCAGGGCAACCAGGCUGCCCUGGAGGCUCGGUCCAUAAAGGUCUUGGUGGUGUGUUUCGGCGCCUUGGAGGGGUCUCAGCUGUGGCUGCAGCAGACUGGAUGCACAUUCGACAUGGUGCUGGACUUGCAAAGAAAGAUCUACAAGAGUUUUGGACUCGUCUCAUCCUACGCUAAGGUAUUGAACUUUGGCACCCUGUUGCAGUAUUCCGAGUAUCCAGCAGUGAAUAGAGAUCUCCCUGAAUUCCCCUUCCACCUGCUGGAAGACCUCUACCAGAUGGGAGGAGAUUUCCUGUUGAACAAAGCCAACCAAAUCCUCCUGUUCCACCAGUGUAAAACCCCGAUGGACCGGCCCUCCAUUAGUCGCAUCCUAGAGGCCUCUGACACUGCCCGCUAACUGCAGAAGAAACCUUACACAUUCCAGCCAGGUUAGGUUAGAUCACUUACUUUUAACACGAGUUGAGCUCUUCUUCGACCCACGCUGAUGACGUCACGCCUCGCCCUCACUCUGUUGUGAUGAGGCGCGACCGAUGCCAAAGAGUGGGGCGAAGAUGUCCGCUCCUCCUUGUUAGAUCAGUGUUUUGAUCAAUCUGCUUUUAUGUGUGAUAAUUGAUUUUAGCUUCGUAGUUGAGGUUUGGAGGCCCCCUGUGGUCAUGAAGUGUAAUACAGAUAGUUACGCUUAAUUUUUAAUAAGAAAUAGGAUGUGAAUAAUCAGCUUUUUGAACUUAUAAAAAAAAAAACAUUCAGUGAAGAACAAAAACAUUUGGCCCUUUUUAAUGCACGGGUCACUGUGAUCCCUUCCCUUCCAAGGUUUCUCAUUGUUCCCAUUGGGUUGAGUUUUUUCCUGCCCUGAUUUGGGAUCAGAGUCGAGGAUGUAGUUGUGGUUUGUGCGGCCUUUUGAGGCAUUUGUGGUUAAGGGCAAUAUGAGUAAACAUUGAAUAAUUAUAAAGAUGAAUUGCAUACA